AUGUGUUUAUAUUUAUUGAAGGAAAUCGAAGAAGACCGACAACUAGCCGAACAAUCAGGUGCGACAACAUCUACAGUUGAAUAUACAAAAGACACGAUGCGAGGUACGACGAAAACUCGUGGACGACAUAAUACAACGCAACAACAUAUUCAAGAAAAUCAACACGAACAAAUUCAUCAACCUCCAGUACGACGAAAAUUUGACAAUGACCGCGCAGAGAAUUCGACUCCACGUGUACAAAAGGUUGAUUACAAUCGUCUGAAACAUGAACGAGCACACGAAACCACAAUUCACCAACACAAUAACAGUUUCAUCAGUCCAGAAUUGCGCGAAUAUGCAUAUCCCUGUUAUUAUCAAUCAGAAAAUAACCAUGAUAAAUAUCAGUCAACUACUCGCAUCGGUAGUGGACGUUUCAAUCAACAACAACAACGAAGUCAAGAACAAGGACAACGUCGGCGAGAAGAACGAAUGCGUCGAACUGGUGCACACAACAACGGUCAUCCUGGAGGACCUUCAGAAUUUCACCUCGAUAUACCACAAAUACCCAUGUGGCAAAAUAAUUCCUUGCCACCACCGCCUCCACCAAUGCAUCUUCAAUUAUUGCCAACAAACAUGAAUGGCCAUCCUACAGAUCUUAACCAUUUGAUGAACAAUGGAGGCGAACAGCUUGAUCAAUCAGCUUAUAUGCAUAAUUUUAUGUACACAUCAUCUGCUCAAUCAACUCCUUUCAACGGCAAUGGAACUGUUUAUUUUGCUCAUCCUGCUACACCUAUGGCAGCUGCUCCACCACCAUCAGCUCAGUCGUCGCAAACGCAUUUUCAUCAAUUCCAUCCCACUCGUACAUUCGAAAAUUCGAAUCGUCAUCAAUUUCAUCAUUCGUCUCAUUUUCAAUCCUCACCUGUUUUUCAGCCAACGCCUCCCGUUCCGCCUGCUCAAAUUCUGACUCCAUCCUCCUCGUCAUCUCACAUUCAUCAGCAACAAGACAAUUCUUCCAUGGAAGUUCCACCACGAUUUCGUCGAUUGAAAAGAUCCGAUCAAGAUAACAAAUAUUCUCAAUCACGGCCAAUGUCGGGCGAUUUCGAUCAAAUACGAAAUUCUUCUUCACGAUUCACCAAUGAGAACCGCUAUCAAUCACGUCCACAAUCAUUCUACGAUUUCUCAUCUCAACAACAACAACAACAACCGUCAAAUAAUUUCUUCCGUUCUUCAAGUAAUAAUAAUAACAAUUUGAGCAAUCGCUACCAACGAAAUAAUAAUAAUACAAAUAGCCUUCCACUCUCUGCAUAUAUGAACACAGAUGAAAACUCCUAUUCCAAUGAAAAUAGUUAUUGGGGAACGUCAACAUAUCAACGACGACGAUCGAACCAACAACAGCGUAAUUAUCAUCAGGAUAAACAUCAAUUUCCAUUAUCUUCGUAUGAUCCUCGUCAGUAUGGUUUUAAUAAUAAUUAUUCACGACGAAAUGAUUUUAAUAAUCGAUCAAAUUCGAAUCGACGACUUAACAAUAACAACAAUAACAACAAUGCUAAUUCGAAUCGAAUCGAUGAUUCUAACGAUAUUGAUCUGAUCGAAGAAUGGUGGGAAGACGAUAAUCCGGAGUUAAUUGGUACGAAUCAAACACAAACAAAUCUCGAUUCUCAAACAACAACAACAGUUGAUGAUAGUGGAAAUAGUUCGUUGUCAACAAGUAUGCACUUGAAAGAAUCGACAUUGGACGAUGAUGAAAACAAUCGAUCGAUUAAUGAUUCGGUCAAUCAACCAUCGGAUGCAUCCAUUACAGAUAAUAAUAUUAUCGAAUCACUUGAUAAACUUCAACAACAAUUGAAAUUUGAAGAAGCAGUGGAAAAUCAAUUAACAAGCGAAUUCUUAGCUUCGAAUAAAGAAACAACCGCCUAUGACACUGCUCAUUUUCUUCAAUGGGCCAAGGAAAAAUUUAGAGAGGAAUUAGCAGGUCGGCUGACAGCAAAGGAAAUCGAACAGCACGAUGCAGUGACAAGCGACGAUAAUGACGAUGAAGAUAUUGUUGUCACGGCAGGCAUCAAACUUGACCAAUACCAAUUAGAUCAAGUCACAGAUGAUGAUAUUGAUAAUCACAUGGAUGAACUCGAGGAUGAUCUCAAUGAAAAGCUAAUCAUUGAAGAAAAGCUAAGCGAAGCGAUUGUUGUGGAAUGA